CUCCCGCCUCUCUAUUGGUACAGCAGGUUUCCUUCCAAUAUCAUGGCCCAUAAUUCUGAGGCUGUGUUCAAGACCGUGCACCACAGAGAGCUUUAAUUACACUGUUUAAUCAACGGCUAGUCAUGCUGAUUUUUGUGGUUCUUCUCUAUCAUAUAUCAGCAGUACCUGCGGUUGUUUAUCAAACUCCCCAGUCUGCAAAGAUCAGAGUUGGACAUGAAGUGAACUUAACAUGUUACACUGAAGAUUUUAGGGGCUUCUGCUUUACUGUUAUGUGGCUAAAAAUUAAUUUUGAGAACACUCCGGAUGUUUAUCAUAGUAUUGAUUUUCCUGGUCAACAUGCUCAAAAUGGUAAACCAGUGGACACAAAAUGCAAUCUCACAAUAAGAAAUGCACAGCUGAAAGACUCUGGGACCUAUGUCUGCAUGUUUUUAAAGAACUCAGUUUUCUUUAUGGGAAAUGGGACAGCAUUAACUGUAGCAGAACAGCCUGAUGUACCCACCUCACUUGUAAUAUUGAUUCCGUCAGAGGAUGGAGAUUCACACAAUAAUGCCAUCACUGUUCUGACCUGCCUGGUAUUUGGCGUAGAUUUUGCUAAAAUCUUUUGGAACAUAUCAGGCAUUAUUCAAGAGGGGAGAACUGACUUUGGAAAGCUUGGCAAUGACCCAUCAGCCAAGAACUAUCUCAGAAAUCACUUCAUCAUUCCAUUGAGGAACUGGACAAGUGGAGAUACAUUUACUUGCAUUGUGAAAAAGGAGAGUGGUGAAUACUUAACAAAAAGUGUACAAAAAUCAGAACCUGUUAAUUGCAUACUCUAUUUGGGAGCUCAAAUUGUAGGUUGCCUCCUUCUAACUACAUUGUUAAUUAUAAAUCUUAUUUGCUGCUGGGUCAAAACACAUUCAGGUAAAGCAAGUAGAUAUGUGAGUGAUGAUAGCAAAAAUGAAAGGCAAGCACAGUUAAGAAGCAAAAAGCAAACAGGAGAAAAAAGUGCAAAUCGAUUCCCCAGAGGAACUCAAGAAGUAAUGGAAAGGGAGGAGGUGCAAUAUGCCAGUCUGGAGUUAAGACCCCAAGUUAAACGGUGGUGUCGAAAUCAGGAAUGACAACGAUGUACAAAUUGUGCUGACUUAUUGAAUGUUUUAUUUUCUGUGCAAAUUAGCUGUUCUUUUAAAAAAAAUGAAGAAAUAUAUGUAAGGAUAUGUAUGUAAAUUUAUUAAAAUAACAGUGUGGCUGUGCUUCUUUUGUUGAAUAAAUAUUAAAAUAUACAAACUGGAUAUUACACAGUAUAUACAGAACAAUAAAGAAAUUUAUUUAUCUUGAAAUUCUGGCAUACAGGCAGUUUAUAGCACACUUUUAUUCUCCUGAUGUGUAAUUGUGUAACCUACUAUAUUUAGUCUAAAGUGCAUACUAAUUAAGAAUACAAUAGGUAAAUAUCUGUUACAUUCACAGUCAAAGCUUUUCAGAAGAUUGUGGAAUGGAAAUCAUCACAGCAUCUGCAAUGCUUUAUUGUGAUGAGCAGAACAUGUGCAUUUUUAAAUUAUACAUAUCACUCGAGUUAUACUGUACAGUAAUACUCCAAAGAUUAUACAGUUUGAUGUGAGCAGACCCUUACAUGUUGGAUUGGGCAGUUUAAAAAUCUUAAAGAUCAGAAACAUUUUUUUUAUUUAUAUAGUGAGUGGAUAUUUCACUGAGGUUGGCGUCUGACCAUUUUUCUAAUUCAAGUAUGGUGACCAAUAGGUUAACAGAUUUGACAAUUACAGUUUUGAAUCAAUAAAAAAUAUUAACAUAAA